CAAAGACAAAAAAGAAAACAAAUUUCCAAAGAUACAUUUCUAGCAAUAUCUCCCUCUAGUGUCCGUUAGGAGGAAGGCCGCCACGUCCACUCAUCACCAAGUUUACCUUUCUCGAUAGUCCCACUUCCGCGUUUGUUCAAAGUUUGAUGUUAUCUUCACGCGAACAUUUCUGGAACUAAAAUGAAUCCGUGCUACCUGCAUACUGUUGCCAUGGCGACAGUUGUCGCCGUCGUCGCCCCGCUGUGUUGCAAAAACGCGAGUUCUGACGAAGAUUUGAAGAAUUUGACGGGUGAUUUUACUCCAUUUGGAUGUUGCGGCCACCUCAUGUACGAAAGUAAAGGCGGGUUUGAGAGCUACAAUCGCUGUUUUCAGGAUUCUACGGAGCGUCAUGCGUACCUCAACUCAUUUUCUACACAACCUCAGUCUGCUAAGUACGGAAUCAAUCACUUCUCCUCCCUCUCACCUGAGGAAUUUCGUGAUUUGUACUUGGGAUCAAUCUCUGAGCGAGCUCCACCAUUCCUUGGAGCCAAGACAAAAGAGCUGCCGGCCAAAUUUGACUGGAGGGACCGAGCGGUGGUGGCGCCGGUCCAGAACCAGCAAGCGUGUGGUAGCUGCUGGGCAUUUAGCGUGGUGGGCGCCAUGCAAUCGGCCAACGCCAUCGCAGGAGCGCCACUGCAGGAGCUCAGCGUGCAGCAAGUCGUCGACUGCUGCUUGCAAAAUGGAGGCUGCAAAGGAGGCUCCCCAGCCAAAGCUCUCCUCUGGUUACAGACGACAAGAGUGAGCCUGGUGCCACAAUCUGAGUACCCCUACAAGGCCAAGAAUGGAAUGUGUCACUUCUUCUCCUGUCUUAAAAGGGCCGUCACCUUGAGGAACUUCACUUCUUAUGACUUCAGUGGUCAAGAGGAGGCAAUGAAGGCAGAGCUGGUAGAGAAAGGUCCUCUGUCUGCCGUUGUGGACGCGGUCAGCUGGCAGGACUACUUGGGAGGAAUCAUCCAGCACCACUGCUCCAGUCGCUGGCCCAACCAUGCUGUGUUGGUGGUGGGCUAUGACGCCACAGGGGAGAUUCCCUUCUGGAUAGUGCAAAACUCAUGGGGUACUGAGUGGGGAAAGGAGGGUUACGUUUAUGUCAAAAUUGGCAGCAACCUUUGCGAGUGUCUGUUGCGCGUGCCAUCCACCCCCAUGGCAUCGACAUUAAUAUUGUCUUGUCCUCAUGUGUUGCCAGGCAUCGCAGAUUCUGUGGCGGCUGUGUUGGUUUGAUGUGAUGCAAAUAAAUCACUUUACAUGAGCGUCAAUGCUGGGUUUUAUUUAGGCAUGCACAAACACUUAAUACUUACUACAAAUACUAUGUACAAUAUUAGCAAAUUGCACAGCUCCAUAUGCAAAGAUUAUAUUAGUCACUGGAUAAAAAAAUAUACAAUAUUUAAGCAAGCAUAUAUCAAACUGUAGCACGCACCACAUUUCUGUGCGCUCCUUUGCUAGUGGUUGUCUCAAAGUGGUGCCAUAUUUUGAGAGAUGUUGUUUCUAAUAUUUUGCCCCUUGUGUCACCAAAUCAAGCAACCAAAAUAUCAGAAAAUAUGAUCCAGAAUAUUGAACAUUUUGUUCAAGUGAGUUAUAUUGAAUUCUUCUUUUUGGUGCCGGCGUACUUUAAUGUUACGACGUCUUGUGAGUGUAUAUCAUAUCAACAUUAUGUACACGUAUUUUCUUGAUUUCCAUGCUGUGCAAAUUGGUUCAGAUGCUGAGCAUCAUUAUUUUCGUUCAUAUUCAUUGUAUUUACAUCCUCGCGGGAUAGCCAUGUCCUUAGCGAGUAUUAAAGUCGACAAAAUAGGGCUUUU